GAGGCAGCCUCCGUGAUGUAUGUGUUCCUCAUGAUCCGACGCCACAAGACCACCAUCUUCACAGACGCCAAGGACUCAGACACCUUGUUCGAGCUGAAGCGCAUCAUUGAGGGUAUGCUCAAGUGGCCACCAGACAAACAGCAGCUGUACAAGGACGACCAGCUUCAGGACCACGGAAAGACAUUGGGAGAGUGUGGCUUCACCAGCCAGAGAGCACGACCUCAGGCCCCAGCCACUGUGGGGCUAGCCUUCAGGGAAGAUGAAGCCUUUGAAGUCCUUAGCAUCGAGCCCUUCUCCAGCCCACCCGAGCUGCCAGAUGUGAUGAAGCCGCAGGACUUAGGAAACAGUGCUAAUGAACAAGCUCUGCAGUGA